CCGGGUUGCGGCUGCGGGCAUGCUCCGCUGGGCCAGCGCAUGGAGGCUGCCCCGUGGGGCGCUCGGUGCCCGCAGCCCCAUCCUCUCGAGGUUGCCCGUCGCACCCUGCAGCAGCAGCAGCAGCGGCGGCGGCGCCGAGCCGAGGCCGCUGCCGCUGUCCUACAAGCUGCUGGACGGGGAGGCGGCCCUGCCAGCCAUCGUCAUCCUGCACGGGCUCCUGGGCAGCAAGACCAAUUUCAAUUCCAUCGCCAAGGCCUUGGCGCAGCAGACGGGCCGCAGGGUGCUCACCGUGGACGCUCGGAACCAUGGCGCCAGCCCCCACAGCCCCGAUAUGAGCUAUGAGGCCAUGAGCCAGGACCUGCAGAGCCUCCUGCCUGAGCUGGGCUUGGCGCCCUGUGCCCUCAUCGGCCACAGCAUGGGAGGAAAGACGGCCAUGCUGCUGGCGCUACAGAGGCCAGAGCUCGUGGACCGUCUGGUGGCCGUAGACAUCAGCCCGGUGGAGACCACUUCCGUCUCGGACUUCAAAGCCUACCUAGCGGCCAUGCAGGCCGUACACAUCCCGGGCGAGGUGCCCCGCUCCCGGGCCCGCAAGCUGGCCGACCAGCAGCUCAGCCCUGUGGUCCAGGAUACGGCCGUGCGCCACUUCCUGCUCACCAACCUGGUGGAGGUGGACGGGCGCUUCGUGUGGAGGGUGAACUUGGACGCGCUGGCCCAGCACCUGGACAACAUCAUGGCCUUCCCGCCCCGACAGGACGCCUACCCUGGGCCGACGCUCUUCCUCCGCGGUGGAAACUCUCCGUUCGUGCUCCCCAGCCACCACGCUGAGAUCCGACGCCUGUUCCCUCGGGCCGUGCUGCAGACGGUCCCUGAUGCUGGGCACUGGGUGCACGCUGACCGGCCCCAGGACUUCACGGCCGCCAUUCGAGGCUUCCUGGCCUGAGCGCGCGGGACCCCCGGGCCUGCAGCCCACCUCCCCAUCUCGGCACGAAAGGACUCGGGCAGGCAGAGAGUGGGCAGCCAGGCCUGCAGCUUUAAUGAAUAAAGACUGUACU